AUGAGUCUAUAUUCGUCUAAUUGGGAGAAUCAGAGCUACUGGAUGAUGGAUUACAAUCCGAUGAUGUGGACAAGUGCUCCUCCUCAAGAGAUGAUAUGCUCAAUUUGCUCGGAUAAAGCCGAAGGAUACCAUUUCGGGGCGAUUAGCUGCGCGGCGUGCGGAGCGUUCUUCAGAAGAAGUGUCUCUGAUCAGAAGGUCUACUCGUGCUCCAAUCGACAGUGUAAUAUUGCACAUGAUCCGACGAAGCGAGGAGGCAGCUGCAGAUUCUGUCGAUUCUUGAAGUGUGUCAGUAGUGGAAUGAUGCCGCAAGACGUGAAAGCGAAACGGACUGCUUCCACUCAACAAAAUGUAACAUCUCUCUACCGAAACAUGAACCAAAGCUCCAUUCUUCUCAUCGAUCAAAUAAUUGUUUUCCGUCGGAACAUUGCUGCAGAAAGACAAAUGUUCGAUUCGAUUUCUCGGUCCACGAAUCGAACGAAUUUGAUCAUCUCGUUGCAUCAGGAGUUUGAAAUGUUGAGACGUGUCGCAUUGGGAUGUCCAUUCUUCAUCCAGAUCACUGAACAUUUUAGUAUUCCGUAUCUCGGGACGGAUAGUAAGAUUAUGAACGACCCUCUCAGUGACCUCCUCACUCUUCUUUUCGUCUUCGAAGCAUGCUUCUUGACUGGAGUCAAAGGAGGUGUUCAAUUGGACAGACUCUUUCUUCCGAACAUGCUACACGUGGAUUUGAGUGAGGUACUGUUCACCGAAUUCUUGGAGUGUGACGUUCAUGCAAGUAUGGAUCCAUACAGAAGUAUCCUGAACGCGUUCAGCUACCUCGUCCAAAUGGUCUCUCGAUCAUUCCAAUCUGCUAAUUUCGACGAGCCAAUCCUCUCGAUUCUCCUCUAUAAAUGCCUCACAGAAACCGUUCCAAUCAACUACAGACAUCGAUUCGCUGAAGUGAACAGAGAUAGUUUGUUGACGGACUUAAAUCGAGUCGACUCAACGGCCUUCCAACACACUCAAAACAUUGCCUCACUAAUUCAUCAAGGUGCUCGUGCUUACAAAGAAGCCAUCUCCAGUAUCUGGUAA